GUGGUAACCAACAGAAGCUACACACAAGACAAGAGCUAGCCUGACUGCAAAGAACACAUCAACAUGCCAAGCUUACUGCCAGGUGCCAAUGAGCUGGACAACAUGAGCAAGGAGGAGAGUCCACCACAGACUCAGAGAAAAGACCUUAAGUGGCGGUUUCACUGCAAGUUUGCGAAAACCCCAAUGACAGACAAAUUCAAACCUAGUGAAACCCUCCUCUGGUCGCAGUCACUGGAAACUCUUCUGAAAUCUAAAAAUGGUAUGGCAACUUUCCAGGCCUUCCUCAAAUCUGAGUUCAGUGACGAGAACAUUGAAUUCUGGCUGAUCUGUGAGGAGUACAAGAAAAUCAAGUCCACUUCUCGGCUGGGCUCCAGGGCCAAGAAGAUAUUCGAACGCUACAUCCAGGCUGAAGCACCCAAAGAGAUCAACAUCGACCAUAAAACCAGGGAAGUCAUCAAGCAAAAUGUCCAGGCCCCCACCAGGUGGUGCUUCGACGAGGCCCAGAGAAUCGUGUUUGGCCUGAUGGAGAAAGACUCAUACCCCAGGUUCCUCCGCUCCGACCUCUACAGAACACUUCUGGAAUCAGUCUCGGAUAUGAUCAAGGUGUGAGGACCUGGCUCAUUGAGCAAAAACCUGGAAAACUUCUUGACUCCUCUCUAAGGAAGAGCUGGACAAGGACAUUGAGGAGUACUGUUGGUUGACAAGGCCAAGGCCUGGAUUGUUAUGGACGUGCAGAACCUGGACAGUGGCACGACUGCCUUCAGCUACCUAUGCCUGUUGCCUUGCUGUACUUCUACACUACGCAAGUGGCUGAGGAAUACGCUCACAAAGGAAAUUGAGCUUCCCCUGUAGCUGAGUCACCUCAACCAAAAUGUGGGGUCCCUGAGGUAGCUGGUACUUUUUCUGAAGAGGGGGAAAUCCUCACAGUAAUCUCUGCGUACGACUUCCACUGAUAAGGCCUGAUCUAAAUAGCAAAAUAAGCAGAUGAUGUUUAUAGCGAGCAAUGCUUUAGCGGUUUGUGAUGGGAUGGCAAAAGUGAUGGCCCACUCUAACAGGAUUCAAUGAGGGGGUCCCAGGUCAUGUUGCCCCCAGAAGAUUCAUGGACAUUGGACUAGAUCCAAGAACCAUCAGUCCGUCUGACUAACUGUUUGCUUCUUUACAAGACUAUUUGUCCACUAUUCAACCAAAACCCCUCAUAUACAGAGCCAUGAUCGACAGAAAACAUUUUCUAUGUGAAAGGAAUUGUCCUCGCAGGUAAACGUUUGUACACAGUGAGAUUUAUGCGAGCAAUACAGCUUAUAAAUCUCAGUGUAGCUUAAAAUUUGUAGUCAGCUUCAUUCAAUCUACCUAAGAAAUCUUUUCUGGAGAUUGUAACUGUCUGACUGUUUGUAAAUAUUUAACUGUUUCUGUUCUUAUUGUUUUAAAUUAUGGCUCCAUUACAGACACUUGUUUGAGUAUUUCACUGGUGGAAAUACUUUUUCUAUGCAUGUUUCUACCUGCCUGUGGCUUAUAUUAUGAGAUACUGAAUAAAUCCAAACCUUAAAACAAA